CGCUUUGGCUGUACCUGAUGCCCGACGUCUGGUCCUGACUCUGUCUGUACACACAGUCGUUGUCGCUUUCUGUUCCUAACCUCGUCCUGUCAUCGUUGUCUCGAUCUUUACUGCAACCAGCCAUCUGUCCAUCCGUCCGUCCGCAGCCUUGGCCCGGCGAUUGAAUUUCCUCCUUCUCUUCCCAUCGCCGUAAUCCCACAAUGUCUCGACCCGUUUUGACUCGUUAGCGAGUCCGCUUGACUUUUGACGUGGCCUGUUUUGGUAAAGUCACACCUCUCGUCAACGGUGGGAACAGAAGGCCGUCACCAGCACAUCUCGCAAAAUUUCAAGCUCGAGGCCACUCUCGUUUAAACGGCCGGGACAGUCCCAUAAUUCCAUUUGUCAUUCGAUGACCUCAUCACCACAAGAGUCUCUUGUUGGUUCUCUCAGUAUUGCACGGAGUGCUUGCUGCCGUUGGUGUUUGCCGAACCCGUGCGUGAACCCGCUUAAGCUAUGGCUAAUCGCGUCAAUGUGUCGGUCCUCGGGUUCGUGCUCGCCUUGACCUUUCUGCAUAGCAUAAUCUCCAGAGAAAAACGCAUCUGUGCGGUGAACUAGUUCGGCUGAGAUUGACCGCAGAGCCGGCGUUGUCGGGCUAACGACAGCCUUGCUGUUGUCCAGCGACAAAAAAUACACCGUCACCAUUAUCGCGAAGCACAUGCCCGGUAAUUGACUUUAUCCCACUAACCACUGCUCUCUUUAAAAAAAAAGAAGAAAAGGAAAAAUGAACAAGAACCACAACAACUAUUGCUCAAGGCUUGUGAGGCUUUUUACUGACAGCUACCGAAGGUGACUAUGAUAUCGAAUAUGCGAGUCCAUGGUAUGCACCUCGUGCUUUGGCCUGAACAUCUCGUCAUUAGAUGAAACUAACAGUGAGACCGCCAAAAGGGCCGGUGCAAACUUCCUGCCCGUAAGUGCUAUAUUCGCUCAAGAAUGAAUGAGGGAAUUUGUCCGUCGCUUUUCGCUAUUCCUCAGUUUCUCAGCGACAUCUUCUCCACAGAGGAUAAGCAUGCGUGCUGAAUUUCUUCAAAAGUAUCUGGAAAGGAAAAUCAAAAUAAAAAAUGAGCCUGUUUCCUUGGGCGACAAGCAGCAAAGCAUCGAAAGCUCCUCGGCUUAUUAAAACAUCAGGUUGGCACACCCGGGUCUCAAAAGGCUCAAUUCGAACGGGAGACAUGGCCAGAGCUAGCUCGCCUCGCUCGAGCCGUUCCAGAGGCGGGAGUCCAUUUCCAAAGAACCACGGUGUACAACAGGAAAAAGGAUGUGGGCACACAUACGGGCCACUGGUUCGCUGAGUUGCUCAAAACCGACGCGUGGUUCAAAGACGUAGUACCAAACUUUCGUGUCAUGGAAAAAUCAGAGUUGAGGACUGGCAUGGACUCCGCAACCGAGUUUUCAUCAGUCUGCAUCAACACGGCCAUCUAUCUUCCCUGGCUUUUGGGACAGUGUCUCAAGAACGGUGUGGUCGUUAAGCGGGGUGUUUGCAAGCAUGUGAACGAGGCUGCAGACAUGCAUCACAGCGGGCAGCGUGCUUCCAUCGUGGUGAACUGCACAGGUCUCUCAUCGCGGUUCCUUGGAGGCGUGCAAGAUCAGAGCGUGUAUCCAGCCAGGGGCCAAAUCGUCGUCGUGAGGAAUGAUCCUCAGGUCAUGACAGGCACGUCGGGUACAGACGAUGGGGGCGAUGAGGUGUGCUAUAUCAUGCAGCGCGCAGCUGGCGGGGGGACGAUACUCGGGGGAAGCUUCCAGCAGCACAACUGGGAGUCACAGCCAGAUCCGAACUUGGCUAUACGGAUCAUGAAGCGCUGCGUGGAUUUAUGUCCCGAGCUCACAGGAGGAAAAGGCAUCGAGGCCUUGAGCGUGAUACGACACGGCGUGGGAUUGCGGCCGCUGAGAGAUGCAGGCCCACGAGUUGAGAGAGAGAGAAUUGGGGACGUAGAGGUGGUGCAUCAGUACGGGCACGGAGGCUUUGGCUAUCAAACCAGCUACGGGUCGGCACUUGAAGCUGUACGAUUAGUUGGUCAGGCGGCUUUGGCUUGGCCGCCAAAGCUGUGAGUUCGCAAAGGUAUAGAUGAACUAUCAAAACAUCGUCUAUGCUUCA